AUGGACAAGAAGAAGCCCAUCAAGCGCUCGAGAAUAGAAUCUCUGAUCGGCACCUCCCGCGGCCCCAUUCCCAAUGGGCCGAUGCACGCGCGGCCGCUGGUCGCCCUGCUCGACGGCCGAGACUGCUCCGUGGAGAUGCCCAUACUGAAGGACGUGGCGACGGUGGCCUUCUGCGACGCCCAGUCCACCGCGGAGAUUCACGAGAAGGUGCUCAAUGAGGCGGUGGGCGCGCUGAUGUGGCACACCAUCAACCUCACCAAGGAGGACCUGGAGAAGUUCAAGGCGCUGCGCAUCAUCGUCCGCAUCGGCAGCGGCGUCGACAAUGUCGACAUUAAGGCCGCCGGGGAGUUGGGCAUCGCCGUCUGCAACGUGCCCGGCUUUGGCGUGGAGGAGGUUGCGGACACCACCCUGUGCCUCAUACUAAAUCUCUACCGGCGCACCUACUGGCUGGCCAACAUGGUCAAGGAGGGCAAGAAGUUCCAGGGGCCGGAGCAGGUGCGCGAGGCGGCCGCCGGCUGUGCGCGCAUUCGCGGCGACACCCUGGGCAUUGUCGGACUGGGUCGCGUGGGGACGGCCGUGGCGCUGAGAGCGAAGGCCUUCGGCUUCAACGUCAUCUUCUACGACCCCUACCUGCCCGACGGCAUCGACAAGUCCUUCGGCCUGACGCGCGUCUACACCCUGCAGGACCUACUCUUCCAGUCGGACUGCGUCUCACUGCACUGCGCCCUCAACGAGCACAACCACCACCUCAUCAAUGAGUUUACCAUCAAGCAGAUGCGACCGGGCGCCUUCCUCGUCAACACCGCUCGCGGCGGCCUCGUCGACGAGAACGCCCUCGCCUCGGCGCUGAAGGACGGCCGGAUAAGGGCGGCGGCGUUGGACGUCCACGAGAGCGAGCCGUUUAGCGCCAACCACGGUGGCCCUCCGCCGCUCACCGACGCGCCCAAUCUGAUCUGCACGCCACACGCCGCCUGGUACAGCGACGCGAGCAGCACCGAGCUGCGCGAGAUGGCCGCCACUGAGAUUCGCAGGGCAAUUGUGGGCCGCAUUCCCGAGGGCCUGCGCAACUGCGUCAACAAGGAGUACUUUAUGGGCGGACAGGGCGUGGGCAGCGGCGGAGUCGGCGGCGGCGGCCUCGGUCCCUACGGCGAGGGCCUCAAUGGCGGCGGAGGAGGAGGAGGAGGCGGCGGCGGCGGCUCCUACCCCACCUACACCGGCCCCAUUGUGCCCCACUCGACGACGGCGGACGGCUCGGGGCCGGGCGCCCUCGGCCUGGGGCCCAACUCGCUCUCGACCUCGCACUCUGGCUCGACGCCGCACUCGACCCUUCAGGAGGUGGCACAGGCAGCGGCGGCUGCCGCCGCCGCCGCCGCCGCCUCCAACCACCUCAACAUCAAGGGAGAAAGCUCAGAGGUCCACUAA